GUCGGUCAUGCGCCAAGUGUCUACGCAGGUGCAGGGGGCUCCAGCGUGCGCGUCUCUUACGCACAAAUUAGCAAGAGCGGUUUCGACCUGGCCAGCGCGCUCGGCGGAGGUGACAAUGGCUUCGGUUUGGCUUUCAACGAGAAGACCACCAUGCAGAACCUCAACGACCGUCUGGCGAGCUACCUGGAGAAGGUGCGCUCCCUGGAGAAAGCCAACUCGCAACUGGAGCGCCAGAUCCGGGAGUGGUACGAGAAGAGAGCCCCUGUUUCCAGAGACUACAGCCACUAUUACGUCACCAUUGAAGAUCUGCGCAAAAAAAUCGCUGUCGCCAGCCAGGACAAUGCCAGAAUCAUCCUUCAGAUUGACAACGCCAAACUGGCAGCCGAGGACUUCAGAGUCAAGUAUGAUAAUGAAUUGGCCCUGCGUCAGUCCGUGGAGGCUGAUAUCGCCGGUCUAAGAAAGGUUCUGGACGAACUCACCAUGACUCGCUCAGACCUUGAGAUGCAGAUUGAGGGUCUGAAGGAAGAGCUUGUCUACCUGAGGAAGAACCAUGCAGAG